AGAAAUGUUUCUUGCCAUGAGCGUGUUAUCAUUAACAGUAGGAAGGCUUAGAUAUAUGGGGUAUUUACUGUUCGGAGAAUUUGACUAAACAUAUUGCUUUUUCGUUACUAUGGGUGUUUAAUGAACUCUGAAAAGAUAUAUAAUCAGCUAGGGGUCACGUGAUGCCAUUGACAUCAGAGCAUUUGACCUUUGCCCGCCAGACAGAGACCAAAAAUACAACGUUUGUGAAUUACUCUGAAGGCCUGUCGGAUUACAAAAGAUGUUCCAUGACGUGUGUAAUUAUCAUCAUUGUGAUCUUAGCCCUCGGGUUCAUUGUUCUGUUCGCUGUUAUAAUACGAAAGUGCAACGAACGAACUUUAGCAUUACGGGCCCGAAUUCAAUCAUUCGUCGUCAGCGAGCCGGGUUCGGUCUCUCUUGAACAUGCAACUGAACAAGAGUUGGAACAGAUGGAUGAGGAUGGGGAACCAAUUUUAAUCAAUGUAAAGGACACUAAUGAGCGUAAUUCGCAAGAACCAGAAAAUGAAACGAAAAAUCAAAGAGAGACUAAAGAAGAAUCAUUAACACCGGAAGUGGAAAGGACAAGCGUCGAAUUGAAUGACAAGGGAACAAAAGAUUGAUUAAAAUGUAUGUGGGCAGAUGAAUUUUAAUGUAUGGAUAAUUGAGAUCAUUAAAUUUUGUACAUUUUUUUUUCAUUAGAAAAAUCUGAAAAAGGCAAAAAAAAAUAUGCAUUUAAUAGUUACGUUGCUAUGUGAAAAAAAUAAAGGAAAGCAGCGCUUAAAAUAUUUUCCUAUGUA